UUUGUCUCACUCAACUACGUGUUAUAUUAUUAUAUUGUCACGUGUGAUCCUAAAGGUAAUCCACUAGAAGGUGGGUGAAUCUUUGACUUUAGUGAUCUCGUUAUCAUACGAUAGCCUUUAAAAUGGCUGUAGAUACCAACCAAUGGUUAAAUAGUCAGUAUAUUUUCUAUUCUUCCAUCAAUUGGUGAUGCAUCGGUGGUGCUAAUGUUUUAGAAAACCAAUGAAACUAAACCGUAAAUCAAACCGCAGUAAACCGACUUUUCAUACGUAUCCCAACACCACAUCAAGUUGAACUAGUAAGUAAAUGAUCCACUUGAAGACUUGAAGUCACUCUUUUCUCUUCAUGCUUUGUUUAUAGAAUCAAAGACUACAAGAAGAAGCACCUAAACACAUAAAGAUGAAGAUGAAGACGGUUCUUGUAAUCAUAAACUGUAUAAUCUUGGCGAUAGGAAACUGCGGAGGCCCUCUAAUGACGCGUCUCUACUUCAGAAACGGUGGCAAACGAAUCUGGUUCUCAAGCUUCCUCCAAACCUCAGGUUGCCCCAUCAUCCUCCUCCCUCUCCUCUUCUCCUUCCUCACACGUCACCGUCAACAACAAGAACAAGAAGAUACAAAGACUACACUCUUCCUCAUCAAACCUCCACUGUUCUUGGCCUCUGUUGUGGUCGGUCUCCUCAUCGGCUUUGACAACUACCUCUACGCUUACGGCUUAGCUUACCUCCCAGUCUCCACCUCCUCUCUCAUCAUCUCCUCUCAGCUAGCCUUCACCGCUUUCUUCGCCUUCUUCAUGGUGAAGCAAAGGUUCACGCCUUACACUAUAAACGCCGUCGUUUUGCUUACCCUCGGCGCCGGAAGCCUUGCCCUUCACGCGGACGGUGACAAGCUCCCCAAGGAGACGCGCAAGGAGUAUAUAGUUGGGUUCGUUAUGACCGUUGCUGCAGCUGUUCUCUACGCGUUUGUGUUGCCGCUUGUGGAGCUCGCUUACAAGAAAGCUAGUCAGAGGAUCAGCUACACGCUUGUCCUUGAGAUGCAGUUGGUCUUGUGCUUUGUCGCCACGUGCUUCUGCCUCGUUGGGAUGCUCGCUGAUGGGGACUUCAAGGAGUUAGGAAGAGAAGCGAGAGAGUUUAAGCUUGGAGGGUCGAAGCAUUACUGUCUGGUGGUUGCGUUCACGGCUGUUAUCUGGCAAGGCUUUUUCUUGGGGUCUAUAGGGAUGAUCUUCUGCGCGUCGUCUCUAGUCUCUGGAGUUUUGAUCAGUGCUCUGCUUCCGUUGACGGAGGUCUUGGCUGUUCUUUUCUUCAAGGAGAAGUUUCAGGCGGAGAAAGGUGUCUCUCUGUUUCUCUCCCUAUGGGGAUUUGUUUCUUACUUCUAUGGAAAGAUUCAGUCCGAGAAGGAGAAGAAGAAGACUCAGGAGGCAGAACUGUCUCAGCUUCCAGCGACUGAGUCUUUUGCUUAAAAAGAAUCUAAUGGUCUGUGUAAAAAAACACACAACUCUGUGAUGUGGUGGUUGCACUUUGGUUAUGUAACUGGCAUGGCUCGUUUGCUCACAUAUACGAGUACAAAUUUUUAUUACACUUUU